CAGGUUCCUCCGUUCCGUCCCAUUUCCUCCUUCCUCCCUCUCUGCACCAAAAGAAAAGAAGAGGAAGGGUUAUACUCUUUCGAUCUGAUUCCACACCAUCCAUUCUACCGCAGGCGAUCUUCAUGUCCGGAUAUCACGAGAGGGAGCACUUCCGCUCCCUGUUCCAUGACGAGCUAGCAGCGCUCUUCUCCCAGAGGCCGACAGACGGCGCCGCCUGCAUUAGUGGUGGCCCGAGCGGAUCCGACACCGGGGCGAUUUUUCCGGCCGUGACCUUCACCGAUGUGCCGCUUGGCUCGAUGAUGGACAACGACGCGCUCCCUAGAGUUUUUGGCUUGUCAUGCUCGGCUCCGUUGGAUGCGCUUGGCCCCGGAGGUAGGACGGGGUCUCCUGAGCUGAUGGUGGACGUUGGAAAUGGUAGUGGCAGCUUGACACCCACGUUUGGGUGCGGUGGGCGUGUGACUACAGUGACGACCAACUCUUCGACCUCUUCAUUGUCCGCUGAGGCCGCCGGCGAAGAGGAUGCGGACCGGUGUAAGAAGGAAGAGCAACAGGAGGAAGAAGGUGAUACGUCUAAGAAAGUGAAGAAACCCAACAAGCAAGGAGAGAGAAGGCAAAGGGAACCCCGCUUUGCUUUCGUGACCGAGAGCGAGGUUGAUCAUCUCGAAGACGGCUACCGGUGGAGGAAGUACGGCCAGAAAGCAGUCAAGAACAGCCCUUAUCCCAGAAGCUACUAUCGUUGCACGACUCAGAAGUGCCCGGUGAAGAAGAGGGUGGAGAGAUCUUAUCAAAACUCGACCAUUGUGAUAACCACUUACGAAGGGAGACACACUCAUCGGUGCCCCGCAACAGUUAGAGGGAGCACACUGCUACUGCCUCCUCCGCUCAUGUCAACGAGCUUCUUCCAGGAUCUUGUGAUGCAGCAAGCGCACCAGCUGAACAGUACGGCAAACCAAAUGCUUCCUCUCCAGCAGCUCGAGUUCUCUCACUACGGUCUCUUGCAAGACAUGGUUCCUUCCUUGGCACACCACGGGCAACCAUAAUACGGAGGUUCCUUGAUUCAGAUAUCUGUGAUCCUUACUUUUCUUCUACAUGUAUUUGGAUGUAAUAUUUUGAGAUUCUGCAAACUGUUGUGGUAUAGAUGAAGAUAGAGAGUUCAAUAGCAUGUCUUCCUGAAUCAUUUGAAUAAUUUUCCUUUCUCGAUCAUUUCUGAGAACUCAUCCGCAUUGUACCUGUAAAA